AUGGCCUCGAAUGGCGCCGUAGCGCAGCCAGCAGCAUCGGCACAGUCCGGCAACCAACCAGUGCAGAUACGCGAAGUGCAGCAAUCGAAUUCAAGGGAGAACAGGACGGCAGCGCACUCACAUAUCAAGGGCCUUGGUCUGAGAUCUGAUGGCUAUGCCGAUCCGAACGCGCACGGUUUCGUGGGCCAGACCGCGGCAAGAGAAGCGUGUGGUGUGGUGGUGGACCUGAUCAGGGCGAAGAAGAUGGCAGGCAAGGCUGUGUUGCUGGCUGGCGGUCCAGGUACCGGAAAGACGGCGCUCGCUCUGGCGGUCAGCCACGAGCUGGGAACCAAGGUGCCGUUCUGCCCCAUGACUGGGAGUGAAGUCUACAGUGCAGAAGUGAAGAAGACGGAGGCAUUGAUGGAGAAUUUCCGCCGAGCGAUUGGUCUGCGGGUACAGGAGCGCAAGGAAGUGUAUGAGGGUGAAGUGGCAGAGCUGACACCCGAGGAGAGCGAAAACCCGCUGGGCGCAUAUGGCAGGACAAUCUCUCAUCUCCUGAUCACACUGCGGAGUUCCAAGGGCACGAAGAAGCUGAGGCUAGACCCUAGUAUCUACGAGGCGAUCCAGAAAGAGCGUGUACGACUAGGAGAUGUCAUCUAUAUCGAAGCGAAUACUGGAGCAGUGAAGAGAGUGGGGAGGUCGGACGCUUUCUCCACAGAAUUCGACCUUGAAGCAGAAGAGUACGUGCCGGUGCCCAAGGGCGAUGUGCACAAGAAGAAGGACAUUGUACAAGACGUUACGCUGCACGAUCUGGACGUUGCAAAUGCGCGACCACAAGGUGGUCAAGAUGUGAUGAGCAUGAUGGGUCAACUGAUGAAGCCGCGCAAGACCGAGAUCACCGAGAAGCUGCGCGGCGAGAUCAACAAGGUCGUCAACAAGUACAUCGACCAGGGGAUUGCGGAGCUGGUUCCUGGAGUCCUCUUCAUUGAUGAGGUGCACAUGCUCGACAUUGAAUGCUUCACUUACCUCAAUCGCGCUCUGGAGUCUAGCAUUUCGCCCAUUGUCAUAUUGGCUUCCAACAGGGGUCAGACUACGAUCCGUGGCACUGGUUCGGUCCUGGCCAACGACCCUGGUCUCAUCUCCGCCCAUGGUCUUCCUCCGGACCUUCUAGCACGCCUGCUAAUCGUCCCAACACAUCCAUACACCGCGGAUGAGAUACGAACGAUCAUUCAAACCCGUGCGAAGCUCGAGUUCGCGACCCCAACAGCGCCACAGCUUGCAGAUAACCCUCAAGCGCUUAAGGUCUCCGCUACAUUAAGCCCAGAUGCGCUAGCAGAGCUCACGCGACGUGGCGAGACUGUCUCUCUUCGUUAUGCGCUACAGCUCCUGGCUCCUGCCAGCAUUCUGGCUCGUGCUCGUGGUAGUGACGGCAAUGUGAUCAGUGGAGCUGAUGUACAGGAGGCAACGUCGCUGUUCUGGGACGCCGGCAGAAGCGCCGGGCAGCUUAAAGAGAGGGCGUCAGAGUUCAUUUCAUGA